CUACCGAAGUCCCCGCUUCGGAGAUCCGCCCUGAGAAAGUGCCAGGGGGUGAGAGGAGGAAGACCUUGGCCCGCAGGGUCGGCAGUCGCCGGGCUGCCACUGAAUCUAAUAAAAAAGCUGGUAGACGGGUGUUCACUGCCCGAAGUUGUCCAGAGGAUCGUCCGCGUCGAUCCCACACAACGGGUCUGGGACUCGCUGGGGGCCUUCCUCGAGCUCGGGCACCAACUCCUCGCCAACAUCGAGACAACAAACAAGACGGUGGAAGGUCAGCAGGCCGAGGCUGCCUGCCUUAAGGAAAUGGCCCUCGAGGUGGUCGGUCUCCGAGAGGCGCUUGAGAGAGAGAGACAGACCUCGGCGGAACAGAAGGCAGCCUUGGAGGAGAUGGUGAGGAGGGCGGAGGCCGAGGUUGCCAAUAUGGCGGAGCAGAUCCCGACCCUGGUCUCGGAGGCCAGGGGUCAAGCGGUGGAGGAGUUCAAGGCUUCCACCGAAAUGAAGAAGUUGAAGGUUGAGUUCGCCCGAGCCGCAUUCAAUAAAGGGUUCGAGCUCUGCCAGGAGAAGAUGGUCGCUAAAUUCCCCGAGCUUGACCUCAGCUUCUUGGACGAGGCGUCCGAGGACGAAGCCGGACCCUCCACCGCCGUCGCAGCCACCGCGGACCACCCCCCAAAGGUGCCGAGUCCCCCUGUUGAUCCAGAGGUCCAAGACCUCUAAUCUUGUAUUCUUCUUUUGCUGCCAUUUUUCUUCUUUCCUUGGUCUUCAAGAAA